GCUAGCAGUUUAGAGAUUGGGCUGUUUCCUGACUGAUACAUAUCCCUUCACACUUCGAUAAUUUAACUCUCUCAACUGCAUGUGAAAGAUCUUAGCUGAAGAUGACUGACAGUGUUAUUUAUUCCAUGUUAGAGUUGCCUACGGCAACCCAAGCCCAGAAUGACUACGGACCACAGCAAAAAUCUUCCUCUUCCAGGCCUUCUUGUUCUUGCCUUGUGGCAAUAGCUUUGGGGCUUCUGACUGCAGUUCUUAUGAGUGUGCUGCUAUACCAGUGGAUCCUGUGCCAGGGCUCCAAGUACUCUACUUGUGCCAGCUGUCCUAGCUGCCCAGACCACUGGAUGAAAUAUGGUAACCAUUGUUAUUAUUUCUCAGUGGAGAAAAAGGACUGGAUUUCUAGUCUGGAAUUCUGCCUAGCCAGAGACUCACACCUCCUUAUGAUAACGGACAAACAGGAAAUGAGCCUGCUCCAAGAUUUCCUCAGUGAGGCCUUUCACUGGGUUGGUCUGAGGAACAAUUCUGGCUGGAGGUGGGAAGAUGGAUCACCUCUAAACUUCUCAAGGAUUUAUUCUAAUAGCUUGGUGCAGACAUGCGGUGCCAUCAACAAAAAUAGUCUUCAAGCUUCAAGCUGUGAAGUUUCUUUACAGUGGGUGUGUAAGAAGGUCAGCCCUUGAUGGAUGACCACUCUGUCCUGACCCUCAGAUCUGUCAUGUAUCCCUAAAAGGAGGGAGCUGGCCACUGGCUGUUGGGAAAGCCAUGAGUAUGUAGUUAGCAAAUACUGAACUUGCUCAGAUAUGGCAUUAGAUGCAAGACAACCUCCUGGGGAUUGAUGCCUAACUGAUGGAUUCUCUUUGAGACUAUUUAGAUAUUAUGUGAACAAUUUAAAGACCAGAUAUAAGCAAGUUUUUGAAAUAGAUAAGUUUGUUUUUUUUGUAUUUCUCAGUAUGGCAACUAAUGCUGCCACUCUCAUCCCCAUCCCAACCAUCUCUGUCAAAAAUAUACCUUUUUCAUGUUAUAUUCUGAACUAAUCUGAUAAAAUCUAUGCCAAUAUCUGCUAUUGCUUAUGUAGUAGAUAAGUACGUUAUUGCUGUACUCCUCUAGUACAUUACUGAUCCCUGAUGGUAUAUUUUUAUCCUAACAGUGACUCUUUGCAAAUCAAGCUUUGUUCUAAAGAAUAAACCUAGCUGGCAUGGUGGUGUGUACCUGUAGUCCUAGCUAUUUGGGCAGCUGAGGUGGGAGGGUGGCUUGAGCCCAGGAGUUUGAGGCUGCAGUGAGCUAUAAUUGCCUCACUGCACUCCAGCCUGGGAGAUACAGCAAGACACCAUCUCUAAAAAGAAAAUAAAUACAUAAUGCUAAUGUGAGAAUAUAAAUUGUGGGAAGUGAGUGAGGGCAAGGUGGUACUUCCUCCUUCUCAGGUCUUCACACUUAAUGCAAAAAUCUGGUCGUAAUUGAUUUUGUUUAUUUUCUGAGUAUACAUAGAUGUGGUUGAAUUAACCAAUGUGUGAUUGUAUCUUUUCCAUUCUGUGACUGUUUGACCUGCAUUUUAAUUUCAAGAUAGCAGUCAAUUCGAUAAGGCAUUUUCAUAGAGGAAAGUUUACAGAAACACUUUAUGUGCUUGGAUCACCAGAUUAUCUUAGGUACUAAGGCCUCAAAAAUAAGAAAAACUUUAUUAUUUCUCCUCAGUAGAGUUUGGACAUACAUAAGGAGAGAAGGUGCAGUAAUGAAAUAGACCAUAAUUCUGUAGUGUUGAUGAUCCUGGAUUGUAAUCUUUUGUUUUUAUCUUUCAUAGUUUUUUUUUUUUUAAAAAAAACAUGGACUGCAUCUUAUCUACCACUGUAUCCCAAAUACCUAAGACGGUGCUUACAUUCAGUGACAAAUAAUUAAAUGGAUGAAUAAUAAAUAAUAAUGAAAACUGUUCAUUCUAGUUAUUUCUGUUAGCCCGUAAAUUAGAGGAAUUAAAGAUGAGAAAAACAGUAUAUCCUAAUCCUUCCUAACUCACCAGUAUGAGUCUUCAGUAGCUAACUCUAAAAAGGCAAAGGGCCAGUGAAUCUGGAUACAGUGCUCAUAGAAGGAAGUCAUGGAAACAAGCUCCUGUCUCCUAGUGAUCUCUUUCCUUUGGUUCUGGCGCAGGAAGUGUCCCUGAGUUACGGAUAUGACGGUAGUGACUCUCACUUCAUUAAGGAUUUAAUGAGCGCGAUUCCAUGUGGGCCAUGGCUUGGCUACUGCAGGGUGGACAAUUUCAUUUACUUAUUGAAAGAGAAGAAAAGGAGAACUACAGCCGGGUCUUAAAUUCUCACCUGAGCAGGCAGGAUGUGUGCAGACCUCCUCUGUGACUAGGGUUCAGGCCUUUUAUAAGGAUUUAUCCACCUAUUAUCAGAACUGGAUGUGGUUCUUCAUUGCUUUGUCUCCCUUAAGGUUGUUACAAGAGAAGUAACAGUUUACUUCCUGGUUGCUUAUUUAUUCCUUAGACUUAUUUAUGAAGGGCUGGGGUCAGUUAGUAACUCAAUUCUUGUACCUUACUUAGUGAAAUAAAGUUUGGUAAAACUAGAAA